AUGAUUGUUGAAGCGCUGCAAGAUUCCAACUUCAAUGACGAACUGCUGUUUGAUCUCAAAAAAGAAAACCAAAUCGUAUCCAGGGAAGUGGAUAAUUACCGCUCGCGGCGCACCGACGCCAUCAGCCGCCGCGUCUACUCGGCCCUCGUCAUGAAACUCAUUGACAUCGCUAAGGAUCUACCUCGCAACACAAGCGCUUCGAGCCGCAUUGACACCGCCCACCGCUACUACAUGUCCGUAGAGAGCAAGGACAUGCACGAUCAAAUGGCUGACAUACAAGUGUUUCAUGCAUGUGCUAGACUGUAUGAUAUAAUGUUCACAGCCCCAAGAAUUAUCGGAGAACUGGGUAACCUAGACGAUUUAACGCCGAAGAUACUAGUGAAGAAACUUAAUGAUUUGAAUGUGAAACCCGUUCAUCUUGGAGUAGCUUUGCUGAUUCAAUAUUAUCUCCGCAGCACAAUCAACUUUGCUAUCCGGGCCAAAAUUGUAGAUGUGCUAUCCACUAAACCAGAAAUGGUAGGGCUACAAGUCAUCGAAACGUUAAAGAUGCUCGCUUCCUUACUCCUACCAAUCGCUGAGCUGUUAGACAUACAUCUAUCACAUUCUAGCCCCGCUUUCAAAGACACCUGCCCGUCUACUUGGCUUGGUAUUGUUAAUAAUAAACAACCU